UCUUUAAUUUUAUUUUUUAACUUUGAUAAAAUGUACUGCAUGCGAUACUUUGUUCCAUUACUACUGUUACCAUUUCCCGAUGCGCCGCCUAUUUUUGUCAUCUUGUUUCUAGUGUCUUUCUUUUUACAUCAGAAGCCUUGUAUUUAUUGCACGUUGCUGUUGAUCGCCUUGUUCUCAUCGACGUGCUAUUGGGGACAAGGACGGUGCUGGAUCGAUUUGCAUCAAUCACGGUUGUUUGACGUACGGCAAGAUUCGAAUGCGACGUUUGGACAGGGCGACGGGUGGUGGAACUAUAAGGUGACGUUACCUAUAGGCCAAUUGAACGCAUAAACUAUCAUUUGUCAGCUAUACCCCCCCCCUUAUUCUUUCUGGGGCGCACACACCAAUCCACAGCACACACAUAAGCAUUCAGCACGCAUUUAAUCGAACUUGUCCAUUUCAGCAACACCUUGUUCCUUGUACAUAAAAAGGCUCUUUUUUUUUCACACUAUGGCAAUAAAACAAAGAAAAAACCCAUAUGGUAACACAAGACAACAGUCGUGUAGUUGGGGU